GCUAGUUGGUGACUAAUCAGCAAACAUUGCGGUGAAAUGUUGUCCCAGAAGGCAAAAUUGAACCUCAUCAUACUCGUCAGUCUGUGCAUAUUCGGUAUUAUGAAGGUUGAAUCCAAUAGGCGUUGGCUUCCGAUGAAACUUGAUGAUGAAGGAAAAAUGACUAUUGAUUUCAGUGGUACCAUCUUCACUAAGAAUCGAGAAUCAACAGUUACAGUUUCAAAUAAUAAAUGUACAUGGAUAGUUAAAAUGCAUAAACCAAAUGAACAUGAGCAAAAAGAGGGACGGGGACAUCGUGAUGGUCAUCUGACGUGUAAAGAUUGGGAUGGACAGAACGUAACAUUUUCCGAUGCGACUACGGACGAAAUGGACACACCGGAUGAAUACAUUCCAGAAUACAGUGCGGAUGCGCAAGAAUAAAUUGUAUCUUCAGC